AUGAGCGGGCUGGGGCCGCAGCGGGACCUGGAGGAGGCCGCCGCCCUGGAGCGCCGGCGGCGGCGGGAGCUGCUGCGGCGGGACCGCAUCUUCAACGCACGGAUCCGCACCAUAGGGAUUGAUAAAGAUGCAUUGGAUGCACAGGUCAAGGAGAGGAAAAUUCAAGAAGCAGCUGAAAAAGCAGAACAUGAAAGAUUUGCUCAUUAUAUGAAGAAAAACGACAAGCUCUUGUGUCUGUUGGAAGAACGACAGAAAAACGAAACCAAAGACUUGAACAGGGCUCUCGUUGAAUUUCAGAAGAAUUUUCAGAAACCGGAAACAAGACGUGAAUUUGACCUGAAUGAUCCACAAGCCCUAAAGAAAGACAGACCUGCUCGAGUUUCAGACGAUGAUCCUCGGUGUACUAUAUCUGGCAUGCAGAAGUUUAUGGGUGAAGACUUAAACUAUGAUCAGAGGAUGAAGUUUCAAAAGGAGCAGUUAAGGGAGUGGUCUCUUCAGCAACAGAAAGACUGGAAAAAUGCAUUAGCUGACCAAAAACUGGCAGGCUGCUGAACUAGAUCGUAAAAAUGAAUUGGAAAAGGCUCAGAAAAUGAAAGAUGACAUGG